AUGGUCGCUAUCAUCGCAGAUCAACUAGCCGUUUAUGACGGCCCUUUGAACUCGGAGAAUGCUGCUCUAUUGCGCCCAUCUGACCCUUCACUCCCCCUAGAAGAAUUGCGCAAGAGAUAUGACGAAGACGGAUACCUCUUCCUCAAGCAUGUUCUCCCCCGCGAAGAUGUUCUCUCCGCCCGUGAAUCAUACUUCUCCUCCCUAGAGCCAACCGGUGUUCUCAAGCCCGGUACCAAGCCCGUGGAGGGUGUUUUUGACCCAGCAAAGUCUCACGAAGAUUACCCCAGCAUUGGCGCAGGACACAUCGGUGGUAACGGAAGGCCAGGAGGUGAUCGUGCAGCAGCCUUCGUCGACCUUGCCCUGGACGCCCACUAUCAAGAUUGGUAUGCUGAGAAAUUCUGUAAUCACCCAGCUUUAUACGAUUUCGUCGCCAAAUUCACAGACUGGGGCAAAAACACGCUCAAUCUGCGCCGAACUCUCUUGAGGAAUAACAUCCCCGGCUCCAAGCCUAUUGGCGUACACUAUGACCAGAUCUUCCUGCGCUAUGGAGACCCUACCAGUGUUACAGCCUGGGUACCCAUGGGAGACAUUAAACUAAACGGUGGAGGCCUGAUCUAUCUGGAAGAUGGUGACCGCAUCGGAGUCGAGAUGGAAGAAGCAUUCUUCGCUAAGGCGAAGGAGUCUGGGUUAACCGAUGAGGAAGCACGGUCGGCUUUUAACUCCAACAUGAUGGCAACGGGGCUGCUGUCAGAGUUCCCGGAUGGGUUUGCCCGGGAACAUGACCGGCGCUGGCUGGUCUCGGCCUAUGAGGCUGGUGAUGUUGUUCUGCACAAGCCUCAUAUGAUUCAUGCUUCCACUAUCAACCAUGAUCCUGAUAAUGUGAUUCGCCUGGCGACUGACCUUCGUUUCUGCGACUCCUCAAAGCCAUUUGAUGAGAGAUGGAUGAACCACUACAGCUUCAAUGAUGGUGUAUAA